AUGGCGACUGCGUGGUCAGGCUCAUUUGUGCCCGAGGUGCAGGACGAUGACGACGUCUCCAUCACCUCCACUGACCAUGAAGGCAAUGGCGGCAGGGAUGAGGACAGGGACUGGGUCGUCGACGACCUCCUGGCUGAGCGGCCUCAUCCCGACAUACCAGGACAGAUGCAGUACCUUAUCAAAUGGGAGGGCUUUCCCAUCGACGAAUGCACCUGGGAACCGGAAGACAACCUGGGCCCUGGUUUGCUGCCGCAAUGGGAGGAAACGAAGAAGGAGAUUGAGGCUGGCAAGCGAACGCCUUAUGACAUAAAUAUAUACAACGCUGCCUGCAUGGCCAAAACGGAAAGGCACAUGAGGCGAAAUGCCAAACGCAAGAGGCUCGGUUUACCACUUACCACGCCCUUUCCCCCAGAAACCGUCGCCAGCCACCUCUCCCACUCCAUCUCUGGGAGGGACGACUCCGACUCCGACGAAGAGGCCGAAACAAUGGACGACAUUCUCGCCAGGGUUGCGGCCAAAUCACAGCCCCGGCCGGCCAUCAAGCAGAAGAUCUUUGAGGGAAACGCCCUCAAGCCUCGCACCGAGUCGAGCCCGCCACGGCCUGCUAACGCGAGACGAUCCUCAGGCAUGUCGACUCCUAAGCCACCCUCCAAUCCCCAGUCAGGGAAGCCGGCAACCAGGCCUAGUGAACCCGCUCGUCGAGCCAGUGCUGGAGCAACUACUGGAUAUCAAGGUACUGCAAGGAAGCCCAGCAUCAUUACGAACCAGAAUACCUCGAAACCGCCGACCAGCAAGACUCCUACUCAACGGCCUUCAAGUGCGGCAGCCAAGCCACCUCCCAGCACAACGCAGCCGAUCAGGUCUUCGACUCUGGCAAAUAAGUUUGCAGGCAAGAAAAUGACAGCAACUCGGACUCGCCAGCCGCCGCCAGCUCAGAUAGCGACAGCAACCAAUGUCUUCGUUAGCGGCAAAGAACGCAAGAAGAGGACGAAUUUGGGCGACGUCAUGGUCGAUACUAGCAAGGCGCCCAAACGCUUCAGCAACAUGCAUGUACAAAACCUGGCAAGGAAGAGAGCAAUUGAGAAGGGAGAUGCAGCGCCCAACUUCUCUUCGAUUCCGGCUGGCUUGUUUCUCAACACUAGUGAUGCCCAAAUCAGGCCCAAGGAUAAGAACCCUUCCUUCAAGUCUCCGAUAUACGAACCUCAAACAGAUCCGAUGAAGACGAAUGCCACUUCAGCACUCUCAGCAUCUUCUUCUCUCGUACACAGCCCAGCGGCAAAUCCGUCAGGAGACGAGCCAGCACCGGCUCCAAAGGCCAAGAAGAAGUCUGUCCGCUUUACGGCAGUGGAAGACGAUGAGCCCGAUACCGGUACCGCUCGUGAGCUUUUCGACGAGCCGAUGGACAUUGACUCCCCACUUGAGGUUCCUGAGGUUCCGGCGAUUCCAGAGACGCCCCAGCACCCCCAGGCGGCCCGACCGAAGCUGUCUUUGGCCAAGUACCAGGAGCGCGGACAGACGCAGGUCGUGCUCAGGCGGGCUACCUUUGGACCAGGCAGCUCGCAAGAGGUCCGAGUCAUGUUUCACGGUAUCUCACGUCACAAUGACCCCUGGCUCACAGCUUUCAUGGACAAUGAAAAGCUACACUUUGAUGCUACAUGCUCCUCAAUCGACUUUCUCUCCCAGAAAGGCUGGCUACUUAUGGAGAGGUUCUCGGCUGGGACGAUCAAACCCAACGCACCGGAUCAGGCGUCAAUGUUGGAGAACAUAGCUGAAUGGUUGCGCCGAAGCUCUUCGGCUAUGCACUUGGUGACAUCUGACUUUUCGAUUCUGGUGUACCCCAACGGGGCUGACGCCUGGAGGGAGUUGGACAGCGAUACCGACGCAGUCAGGCUCGAGGCCCCUUUACGCCACCUGAUAUAUAAGACGAAGAUGGAUACCAGGCUUUACCAACAUACCGUACCCGCCAUUUCCACUGCUGAACCAGCUGGUGUACCGCAUGGACCACAGUGCCAGCUUAUUGUCAAGCAGUUGGCCGGUCUGGAUUUUGAUAAGUGGCUUCCCCAGGAACCCAACAAGAAGGACACGCAGGUAUACAUGCUGCUGAUCCCCAAUUCUGAGCCGCAGCUGUUGGCGGUGAUCAAGGUUUGGCUUCGAUCCUGUCAACCCGAAUGUCGUAUUUUUACUUUCGAACGCGAAGACAGCUGGUUGAAGUUCCACGAGGUUGUGAGCGCAGGCGCUGCGGGCACUGUCGUUGUCCAUUCUGAUGUGACGUGCUCCCUCGGGAAGAUCCCAGGCAUCUGGAAUCUCGUUGACAAUAAUCCUAACACCUUCUGGGACCUAUCUGUGGGCGAGUUCGACCCACCGAGAUUUCCUUCAGAGCUAACAGCUACCAUCGAACCUGGCACGUUACAGAUGACGCGGUUGUUCCCGUUUGGUCGGGCAUUUCUCAUCACCCCAAGUUUCGUGCUUUCGGACCCUGCACAGCUCGUCAAACUUCUAGAGUGGGCUCGCGCAAAUUUCUGGAACCCUCAGACCCUAAUCAUGGCCUGCGCAGAUUUCCCGGGGUAUCUGAGGAAUGUAACGCUAGACAUUGAACAGGAACAUCAUGCGCUUUGUCAUGUUUACCGCGAGGACCCCAACCUGGAUAGAAUCCUCGAGCAAUACGGCAGACGCAAGGAAGAUGUGUGGCACGUAUUUCGGGCUUGGGAGCUUACGAUGGAGCUCCAAAGCAUUUUUGGAGACCAACAGACCAGCGAGGACCUCCGCAAGCUUAGCUGGAUCACAGACUUCAUCGAUCCUAACGACGAGCAAAGCCUGGUGAACUACUUUUGCUGGUGGUCUACUACGAAGCUUGACAGGUACCGAAGGUUUCUCGUUCUGGGGUCACAUCCCGCUAAGAUCAAGCGGGCUUACCGACAUAUACAAGUUCCAGUCUACACUGACAUCUCCGUGAGCGACCCCGACGUCGCUGCCGCCCGUGCGGAUACACGUCAGGAAGCAGCUGAAGUGGCGGAAGAAACAGGCGAUGAAGCAGGAGAUUCUGGCCGCGUUGGUGGGAUUGCUUCCGAAUCUCUAGUUGGCCACAGAGCCCAAUCUCCUCCGGGACAAAGAAAGAUGUCUGUCUCUCGGGCGCCAUUCACGUUCCCAAGCGCUCUGUUUCAUGAUGAUCAGGCCAAAGACCUAAAGGGCUGGAUACGCGACCAUAUCGCCUCUUUGGGACCGUCUUGGUCAAAGCUACACGUUAAUCCCGUGGCGUGGGUGAAUCCUCAGAUGGCCGAUCAGUUCGGUGACGAUUUCUGCUCUUUUGACACCUUCAGAAACUGGCUCCUGGGCGCUCCUACCUUUUCGCAAUCCGUCAAUACUUGGUACGGACUAUUCUACAGCAUAGAUAAGCCCUGGAAUCCGGAACAACCUUUAAGCAGAUAUGGACGACACCCAUGGAUUGCUAUCUUUCGACCCGUCGAGCCUCACAAAUUUCGAGAUGGUUUCAGUAGGUAUGAACUUUUCAUCUGGGACCUGAGCGCUGGCGAGAGAGAGUCCACUACUGGGCGGUGGGGAGGAUUACUUGGCAUGCAGCGCCAGUUGAUAGACUUUGUUCGACUCGAGGUCCCGAAGAAGUAUAAAGGAACAGCUCUCACAAACGUCUGGGUUAGCAGCAAAACCAAGGUGCUGGCUCAGCCCGGCCAGAACCCCCUGGAUAUAACUUGCGACAAAAUCAAGGAGAUGUUUGGCAAUGGCAGAUACUGGCUCCCUCCUUUCCAUGAUAUGCUUUCUGAUAGGGGCUGGAAGUCCUUGAACGAAAUUGAGUGGAAAACCGGCAUGUCAAUUGAUGCAGCCAAUACGCGGCUGAUGGCCAUUCCGCGAAACGCCAGCGAUGCCGGCAAACUGGAACGUUCGAUAUGGCACCCUCCGCGCGGAGUAACCCUCAACGGUGGACAGACCAUCUGUCUCAAUGCGCUGUAUGAAGCUACUCUGAAGGAGCGUCUCAAGGACCCGUUGUGCGAAACCAUGCGAUACCAGUACAAACCGACAACGGAAUGGUAUGCUGACCAGGUGUCGGAACGACGUGACUUUAGCUACGUAUGCGUCGACGCCGCCGAGAGGAUACUUCGCAAACUUCUUGCCCCCAAGGUUUGA